AUGUUGGACAAGUGGACCUUCCUGCUCUGUCUGCUGCCUUCACUGGCACAGGACCUCUGCACGCCAGGUGCGUCAGAUGGAUACAAAGUGCGACUCAGCAUCCAAACAGCUCUGGGAGAUGAUGCGUAUGUUUGGAACCCGAAUGAGAUGUUUCUGUUCAGAGCCACGCUGGCCUUUGCGAUGAGGAACCAUUUUGAUGGACAAGACUUCCAAGUGUCCAACAUCCUGGUGUGUGAGGAAACACUCCGUGUGUCCUUCUGGUUUGUGGUCACGUUGCCUGGCAACACCUCACACCUGCUGGACAGAGAGCACGUGCAAAUGGCUGUCAGGAAGUCGAGGAGUCGCAUCAACAGUGCCUUCCUGCUGACGGACAGAACGCUGGAGUUUGUUGGCAUCACGCCCACGCUGGCGGCGCCCGUGCUGCCUGACACGCCCCCCUGGCUCAUCGCCUUCGGGGUGGUGAUGGGCGCCGUGGGGGCCGCCUUCGUGGUCCUGCUCGCCUUCUCCGCCGUGCAGAAGAGGCGAAACAAGAAGACCAAGACGGAGAACACGGAGGACACGGAGGACUUGGAGGACAACGAGAAAACUGUGGGAAACGGAAGGGCCCGGCAAGACGCGGGGGGCGUGUCUAACGUGUCCUUCUUGGAGGACGAGCGAGUCACACACAUGUGAUCCUGCAUCCUAGCAAGCAGGCUAACGCUAGGAUGCUAACUUGUUGUCCCUAAUUUCACAGCCUUUACUUGGUUAGUGACACAUGCUAACUGUUAGCAUGCUAACUUUUUUUUGGUUCAUUUUGUCACCAGUUAUAAUUUGUUUUUCACAUAUGCUAACUGUUUUAGCCAAUUUUGCGGCCAUACACCUCACAGUCACACAUAUUCACUGUUAGCAUGUUUACAUAAACAUGAUAAGAUGCUAACAUUAGCGUGCUAACUUUUUCAGCCUUACACCCCAGAGUCAUAUGCCUUGGUACGUGACACUUAGUAAAAACUAUAGCUUUUUUUGUUAAUUUUGCUGCUGUACAUAAUUCAUAUAGUCAUAUAAUUUGGUAAGUGAGACAUGCUACCUGUUAGAAUGUUAACGUUAGCAUGCUAGCAUGCUAACAUUGGCAUGUUAAAUAUUUUAGCCAGUUUUGCUGAUGUACAUAUCAAGUCAUAAAACGUAGUACUUGACACAUAUUAACUGUUAGCAUGUUUAGAUAAACAUGAUGAAAUGCUAACAUUAGCAUGCUAACUUUUUUAGCCAAUUUUUCAGCCUUACACCUCAGAGUCAUAUGCCUUGGUACGUGACAUUUAGUAACUAUUAGCAUGCUAGCUUUUUUAGUUAAUGUUGCCGCUGUACAUAAUUCAUAUAGUCAUAUAAUUUGGUUCGUGAGACAUGCUACCUGUUAGAACGUUAAUGUUAGCACUCCAUCAUGCUAAAAUUAGCAUGUUAAUCUUUCUUAGCCAGUUUUGCUGAUGUACACAUGAAGUCACAAAAGUUAGUACUUGACACAUAUUAACUGUUAGCAUGUUUACAUAAACAUGAUGAAAUGCUAACAUUAGCAUGCUAACUUUUUUAGCCAAUUUUUCAGCCUUACACCUCAGAGUUAUAUGCCUUGGUACGUGACACUUAGUCACUAUUAGCAUGCUAGCUGUUUUAGUUAAUGUUGUCGCUGUACAUAAUUCAUAUAGUCAUAUAAUUUGGUUCGUGAGACAUGCAACCUGUUAAAAUGUUAGCGUUAGCACUCCAUCAUGUUAAAAUUAGCACGUUAAUUUUCUUAGCCGGUUUUGCCGAUGUACACAUGAAGUCACAAAAGUUAGUACUUGACACAUAUUAACUGUUAGCAUGUUUACAUAAACAUGAUGAAAUGCUAACAUUAGCAUGCUAACUUUUUUAGCCAAUUUUUCAGCCUUACACCUCAGAGUCAUAUGCCUUGGUACGUGACACUUAGUAACUAUUAGCAUGCUAAUAUUAGCAUGCUAGCUUUUUUAGUUAAUGUUGCCGCUGUACAUAAUUCAUAUAGUAAUAUAAUUUGGUUCGUGAAACAUGCUACCUAUAAGAAUGUUAACGUUAGCACUCCAUCAUGCUAAAAUUAGCAUGUUAAUUUUCUUCGCCGGUUUUGCUGAUGUACACAUCAAGUCAUACAAGUUAGUACUUGACACAUAUUAACAGUUAGCAUGUUUACAUAAACAUGAUAACAUGCUAACAUGCUAACAUUAGCGUGCAAAAAUUUUCAGCCAUACACCUCAGAGUCAUAUGCGUUGGUACAUGACACUAGCUUUUUUUUGUGUUAAUUUUGCUGCUGUACAUAAUUCAUAUAGUAAUAUAAUUUGGUACGUGAGACAUGCUACCUGUUAAAAUGUGAACAUUAGCAUGCUAGCACGCUAACAUUGGCAUGUUAAGUAUUUUAGACAGUUUUGCUGAUGUACACAUCAAGUCAUAAAACGUUGUACUUGACACAUAUUAACUGUUAGCAUGUUGACAUUAACAUGCUAACAUUAGCGUGCUAACUUUUUCAGCCAAUUUUUCAGCCUUACACUUAGUAACUCCUAGCAUGCUGAUUUUAGCAUGCUAGCUUUUUUCGUUAAUGUUGCCGCUGUACAUAAUUCAUACGGUCAUACAAGUUAGUACUUGACACAUAUUAACUUUUAGCAUGUUUACAUAAACAUGAUAACAUGCUAACAUGCUAACAUUAGCGUGCAAAAAUUUUCAGCCGUACACAGAGUCAUAUGCGUUGGUACGUGACACUAGCUUUUUUUUGGUUAAUUUUGCUGCUGUACAUAAUUCAUAUAGUAAUAUAAUUUGGUACGUGAGACACGCUACCUGUUAAAAUGUGAACAUUACCAUGCUAGCACGCUAACAUUGGCAUGUUAAGUAUUUUAGACAGUUUUGCUGAUGUACACAUCAAGUCAUAAAAUGUUGUACUUGACACAUAUUAACUGUUAGCAUGUUGACAUUAACAUGCUAACAUUAGCGUGCUAACUUUUUCAGCCAAUUUUUCAGCCUUACACUUAGUAACUCUUAGCAUGCUGAUUUUAGCAUGCUUGCUUUUUUCGUUAAUGUUGCCGCUGUACAUAAUUCAUACGGUCAUACAAGUUAGUACUUGACACAUAUUAACUUUUAGCAUGUUUACAUAAACAUGAUAACAUGCUAACAUGCUAACAUUAGCGUGCAAAAAUUUUCAGCCGUACACCUCAGAGUCAUAUGCGUUGGUACGUGACACUAGCUUUUUUUUUGUUAAUUUUGCUGCUGUACAUAAUUCAUAUAGUAAUAUAAUUUGGUACGUGAGACACGCUACCUGUUAAAAUGUGAACAUUAGCAUGCUAGCACGCUAACAUUGGCAUGUUAAGUAUUUUAGACAGUUUUGCUGAUGUACACAUCAAGUCAUAAAACGUUGUACUUGACACAUAUUAACUGUUAGCAUGUUGACAUUAACAUGCUAACAUUAGCGUGCUAACUUUUUCAGCCAAUUUUUCAGCCUUACACUUAGUAACUCCUAGCAUGCUGAUUUUAGCAUGCUAGCUUUUUUGUUAAUGUUGCCGCUGUAUGUAAUUCAUACGGUCAUAUAAUUUGGUAAGUGACACGUGCUACCUGUUAGAAUGCUAACGUUAGCAUGCUAGCACGCUAACAUUAGCAUGUACAUUUUUUCAGACAGUUUUGCUAAUAUUAGCAUGCUAGCUUUAAAUUUUGUUUUAUUAUUGUUCUAAUGAUG